AUGGAUGUGAAAACACCACUAAUUAUACGGGAAUUGUGUGGACAACGGAUCCAACAGUUUAUCAAUGGAUUGGACUUUGUGUUGGCUAUGAAUGAGGACAACCAUGUGUUCAGUUGGGGAUACAAUCAUAGGGGACAGUGUGCUAGACAUGUGACAGCAGCAGAGCUUUAUUUAAAACCACAACUAAUAUCACAAUUAAAUGACAAGAAUAUCGCAUAUAUUUGUUGUGGUGGUCGGCAUUCCUUGGCGCUCACGACCGAUGGAAAGGCGUACGGGUGGGGCGACAAUGCUUUGGGACAAAUAGGAUGUGGUUGGGGUUAUAAUAUUGUAACAAAAUUGGGACAUAAUUCGCAUGAAAACCAUUACAAAAGUCUGUUCAUUGAGUUGUCGGCCAUCGGUUCCGGAGGUUUUGGAACCUUUUGCCUUUAUUUCGGCAAUCAUUGGCCCAAUGAUAGCGACCUUUAA